CUCCCAUUCAGUCUUGUACAGGUGUACCGGCUCCUCCCCGUUAGUCUUGCAGAGGUGUACUGGCUCCUCCCCUUCAGUCUUGCACAGGUGUACUGGCUCCUCCCCUUCAGUCUUGCAAAGGUGUACUGGCUCCUCCCCCCCAGUCUUGCACAGGUGUACCAACCCCCUCCCCUCCAGUCUUGCACAGGUGUACCUGCUCCUCCCCUUCAGUCUUGCACAGGUGUACCAACUCCUCCCCUUCAGUCUUGCACAGGUGUACUGGCUCCUCCCCUCCAGUCUUGCACAUGUGUACCUGCUCCUCCCCUCCAGUCUUGCACAGAUGUACUGGUUCCUCCCCCCAGUCUUGCACAGGCGUACCAACUCCUCCCCUUCAGUCUUGCACAGGUGUACCUGCUCCUCCCCUUCAGUCUUGCACAGGUGCACCAACUCCUCCCCUUCAGUCUU